CGGCGACUUUGGGGCGGGCGGGCCGGCUGAGGCUACCUUGGCGGUGCCCGAGCUGCUUCUCUUUCCCCUUCCUCUCCCUGGUCUUCUCUGGGUGGUUUACUUGACCCUGCUUUCUUCAAAGAUUGGCCUUGCCUUGGUCUUGCUAGACUCUUCAUCUAUGGUUCCUGUUAUUUUGCAUUUAUACUUCAAUGGAGUUAGACACAGCAGCAUACAAAGUCAGUGGGCAAUGAAUUCUUUCUCUUGAUAGGUCGAAGUGCUUGGUCUAAAGUCAACCCUAGGUUGGCUCAGGCAGAAAAGUGGGAAGAAAUGCUGAACUUUACCAGAUGUCAACAUUUGAAACAGAUAACGCAGAAGUGUUUUUCUAGUGCACAGGUUAACGUGCGGACUCACACGCAGCACUUGCUCUCACGGGCCUUUGCAUAUGCAAGAUCAGGGAGGUCAUGGCACUCAAUCCACUCUCUUGUUGGAGACAAAAAUAUUAUCCUGAUGGGGCCUCCUGGUGCAGGGAAAACGACAGUAGGCAGAAUAAUAGGUCACAAGCUAGGCUGCUGUGUCAUUGACGUGGACAGUGACAUCCUUGAAAAAACCUGGAAGAUGAGCGCUUCUGAAAAAUUGCAGGAUGUUGGUAAUGAGCAAUUUUUAGAAGAGGAAGGAAAAGCCAUUUUAAACUUGUCUGCAUCUGGAAGUGUGAUUUCCCUCAGUGGGUCCAAUCCUAUGCAUGAUGCUAGUAUGUGGCAUCUGAAGAAAAAUGGGAUUGUCGUGUACCUGGAUGUGCCUCUAGUGGAUAUAAUCAGUCGUCUGAAAUCAACGAAAGUUAGCAGGAUUGUUGGUCAGAACUCAGGAGCAUCUGUGAGAGACUUCCUGCAGCACAGAAGACUGGACUAUAAGAAGUGGUACGAUACUCGAGUCCUUUGUGAGAGCGGGGCUUCCGCUGAGGAGGUUGCAGACAGAGUGCUGGAUGCGGUGAAAAGAUACCAAGAUGUGGAUUCAGAGACAUUCAUUUCAACAAGGCAUGUGUGUCCUAAAGACCUUGACAAGAAGCCUCCACCAAAAUACUUCAGUGAAGCUGUGAUUGAGGGAUUGGCUUCUGAUGGCGGACUCUUUGUCCCUGAGAAGGAGUUUCCAAAAUUAAGCUGUGGGGAGUGGAAAAGCCUAAUAGGAGCGACCUACAUAGAGAGAGCGCAGAUACUUCUGGAAAGGUGUAUUCACCCCGCGGACAUACCUGCCACCAAGUUGGGAGAAAUGAUUGAAACUGCUUACGGGGACAACUUUGCCUGCUCCAGAAUUGCCCCCGUCAGGCACCUGUCAGGCAAUCAGUUCAUCCUGGAGUUGUUCUAUGGGCCCACGGGGUCCUUCAAGGAUUUGUCUCUACAGCUCAUGCCUCAUAUCUUUGCCUACUGCAUCCCACCGAGUUGCAAUUAUGUGAUCCUUGUAGCUACUUCAGGAGACACGGGGAGUGCAGUCUUAAAUGGGUUUAGCCAUCUUAGUACAAACGACAAGCAAAGGAUCGCCGUGGUCACAUUUUUUCCAGAGAAUGGAGUUAGUGGUUUUCAAAAAGCACAGAUAAUUGGCAGUCAGAGAGAAAACGGAUGGGCAAUAGGUGUCAGGUCAGAUUUCGAUUUUUGCCAGACAGCUAUAAAAAAAAUAUUUAACGAUUCUGAUUUUACUGGCUUUCUUACUGUGGAAUAUGGAACAGUCUUAAGUUCAGCAAAUUCUAUAAAUUGGGCUCGGCUGCUUCCACAAGUAGUUUAUCAUGCAUCUGCCUAUCUUGAUCUUGUUAGCCAAGGGUUUAUUUCCUUUGGAAGCCCAGUAGACGUCUGUAUCCCCACAGGAAAUUUUGGGAACGUGUUAGCAGCAGUCUAUGCCAAGAUGAUGGGGAUCCCUAUCCGGAAAUUUAUCUGUGCUUCUAAUCAGAACCACGUUUUGACGGAUUUCAUAAAAACUGGACAUUAUGAUCUAAGGGAUAGGAAAUUAGCACAAACCUUCUCACCAUCAAUCGAUAUUCUCAAAUCUUCAAACCUGGAGCGACAUUUAUACUUGAUGGCUAACAAAGAUGGACAGUUAAUGGCAAAUUUAUUUAAUCAGUUAGAGAGCCAGCUUCACUUCCAAAUAGAGAAGCUGCUGGUCCAGAAGCUGCAGGAGGACUUUGUCGCGGACUGGUGUUCGGAGGGAGAGUGCCUCGCAGCCAUCGGCACCACCUACAACACGGCAGGGUAUAUUCUGGAUCCACACACGGCUGUUGCAAAGGUGGUUGCAGACAAGAUGCAAGACAAAAGCUGCCCGGUGAUCAUCUCAUCGACAGCUCACUACUCGAAGUUUGCACCCGCUAUCCUGCAGGCCCUGAAGAUUAAAGAGCUCAACGAGACAUCAUCAAGCCAGCUUUACUUACUGGGCUCGUACAAUGCAUUACCACCUCCUCAUGAGGCUUUGUUAGAGAGAAUGAAACAGCAAGGGAAGACGGACUACCAGGUUUGUGCAGCUGACGUGAACGCCCUGAAGAGCCACGUGGAAAAGAUGAUCCAAAAUCGGUUCAUAAGGAAGUCUGAGUAGAGUAUUUUUCUUGGCAAGAAGCAAAAAUAAAUCUCAAGCGUUGGUUGGGACUACAGUAGCAUAUUUUUUUUGUGUGUGUAAAUGUUUUGUGUGCAUUUGUUGGAAAUCCAGCGCCCUGACCCCUGGGCCUGACCUUACACCUGCAGUGACCCCCAGGUCCUCCAGAAGAGACCUUCCAGCAUCGCCCCUGGAACCUGGUGCUGUCGAGCUUCAUUCUCUGCUUAGGGGGGAUAUGGCAGCUUCUCCUUCACCCCCACUUCCGAGAGGAACAAAUACUGGUAUCUGGCUUGGCAUUUACAAAUCUUUAAGCACAGUUAAGUACUGCAUCCAUAGCCUUUUACUGUUUGUUGUUCACACCGUUUGCUGCUUGAGAUAGUUAACUUUCAUAGCAGAAACAGGAAGUUAGUUCAUUAAUAUUGGAGCCAUCUUUUUUUUAACCAUUUCAAGCUCCAGCUUGGACAGUGGUUGCUUAUGUGUCUCCACCCUGUUCAGUUAGAGUUGGGGGACUGUUCACUACCCGUAGAAUAUUUGUAGUUAGGCUGAGGAAGUCUGAAAGGUGAGCCAGCAUUUAACUCUAGGGUGUAUCUAUCAACAGAACUGUGGAGUAGUAUACAGAAAUAAAAUCACCCACUUCAAGAGGAAGGGGUUCCAAAAUCAGUAAUGUUUGAAAGUUUUAAUAAAAGUACAAUGAUAGACAACAGCUUUUCUAUAUUAUUCAAAGUCUGUUCCUAUUUGUCUCAAAUCUAAUAAACAUUUUUGGGCACCUAACCCACUCAAAUUAAAGCAAAUGCUUAAUGUCCAUUACUGUGUAGUGGCAGUGAUUUUAACUGCUCUGUGUGUAUUUCCUGAAUAUUUACUUUCUGGAUUACAGGUUGUCACUGACCUGAAGUGUCUCCACCACAAGAUGGCAUUCCCUGCAGAGUGUCUUUGCUGAUGACGUUCUGCAUCUAGUUAGCUUAACUUAAUUUGAAAAUUAAAAUGAUGAAAAAUAUUAAUAGUUUUAAAGGGCAAGGGGCAAUUUGUUUUGCAAGUUUGAAAUUAAACCAAUUUGAUUUUAGCAUUAGAUCUCUGGCUUGGCUUUUAAAACAUAGUUCUACAACCUGUCAUGGAGGCUGGGAAUGGCCCUGGUUCAAUGCUUGCCUAGCAUGCACAGAACUCUGAGUUCCAACCUUAGCACAUAGGAAGGUAGAGACAGUGCUUAAAAGACAUGUUAAGCUACAUAGUUUGAGGCCAGUCUGGGAUACAUGAAAUGAAAAACCUGAAGCAGUUUAUGAUGAUGGAGUCGCAAAGCUCCAGGUGUUUGUGUAUACAGUCUAUAAUUUCAGAACAUUUGCUUCCAUGGGUAGAGUUAGAGAAUUAUCCUAAUGCUGCCGUGUGCAUGAUAAUGCAUUCUUGGAAAUAAUGGGAUGACGUUAAAAUGCUUGAUUUUUGGACUCAACGACUAAUGGAAGAACACAUGGCGUCUGCGUGACAUACAACACAAAAUAACCACAAAAUGUGUGAAUAAAUAAAAAGCAAGUGCUGCGGCCAGGUGGGGUAGAACCGAGCAGAAAAAGGAAUAAGAUGUGGGUGUGGUGGCACACACAUGUGGUCCCAGCACCUGGGAAGCUGAGGCAGGAGGACUGCGAACUUGAGGCCAUGUGCUACAUAAACGAGCUAAUAAGAGGAAACAUUGCUGUAAGGUAAGCAGGUUCCACAGAGAUGGAGUCCUGGGGCGCAGUUUUUGGAGCAGGCAAUGGAGAGAAAAUGCCGCUGUCUGCCUGCUUUGCUCUCGGUUGUGCACUUGUGUCCAAAUGGUUACCUUGUGUCUCCAUGUGCUGUGUGGUUUCCCCAUCACCCCUCAGCUCUUCUUUUUUGUGUUUGUUUUGAGACAGGGUCUCACGAUGUAGCCCUAACUAGCCUGAAAUGCCCUAUGUCGAACAGGCUGGCCACAAACUCACAGAUCCUCCCGCCUCUUCCUCCCAAGUGCUGGGAUUAAAGGCAUGGACCAUCACCGCCCGGCUCAGCUCCCCUUGCAUAGGGUGGAUGAAUAGCAGUGUUUGUGCCCUCUCCUCCCUCCCGUGUGAUUGAGGUGGUAGUCAUCCUUUCAAGGGCUUGUGUCCAGCUGAGCCUUGUGCCUGGUUUCCUUCAACUCGGAUAAUGUGCUUCAUUCCUCUCCUGUUUCCUCAGCUUCUCCUGGGAACCUGACUUCCUGUGCAUUUAGAUGCUCCUUUCAGAGUUUAGCAUUCAAAACAAACCUUGCCAAGCACCCAUACUUCUACCCAACUAUUCUUCUGCAUGUUCUACCCAAGAUGUAGUGCUGCCAAAGGCUAUGUGAUCCCCCCCCCCAUCCCCACUGCACAGUGUGCUGCAGGGUGGGUAGUGAAGCCUGUGAGGUGCUCGAGUCUCUGGGGGUGGAGAGCAGAGACUGUCCUCUUAGCAUUUAUUCCUCCUCCUAAGAAGUAGCUAUCCCAAAGCUCAUGUUAGUCAGCGUGUGUGUGUGUGUGUGUGUGUGUGUGUGUGUGUAAUAUUUGUUUAGUUUUGAACUUAUUUAUUUAUUUAUUUA